AUGUGUGCUCAUCUUGGAAGUCAAUGUGGUCCAGUUCUCGAAAGACGCUAUGCCACCUUUAUCACGACUUCUGAUAUCGAUGAGCUCGCCUGCGCGGGUUUGACUAUUCUGCGUAUUCCCACUACGUACGCAGCCUGGGUCGAUGUUCCUGGUUCUCAGCUUUACUCUGGCAACCAACAGGCUUUCCUGAAAAAUAUCGCCACGUACGCAAUCAACAAAUACAGUAUGCAUAUAGUGGUUGAUAUAUAUUCUCUGCCAGGAGGUGUCAAUGGCAUGACGUUUGGUGAAGCCGACGGUCACUAUGGGUGGUUCAAUAACGCCACAGCUCUGGACUACUCUUUUCAAGCUGUGGAUGCCGCUAUAUCAUUUAUCCAGAACUCUGGCUUCCCACAAUCUUUCACCCUCGAGCCUAUAAACGAACCUGUAGACAACCCCGACAUUACUGCAUUGGGUACUCCCGCUGCCUUGUCCGAGGAGGGCGCUGCUUGGGUCCUACAGUAUAUCCAGGGCGUGUUAUCGAGAGUCACAGCAGUAAAUGAAAACAUACCGACAAUGUUUCAAGGUAGCUUCAAAGGAGAACCAUACUGGUCACCGGAUUUCACGGCUUCGGAAAAUCUCGUAUUCGAUGUCCAUAACUACUACUUUGCUGGCAGACCGACUGACUCAGAUACGGUAUCAACCGACAUAUGUUCUGAUGCUAAGGCUUCUGCCGGUGAUGGGAAAUUCCCAGUCUGGAUUGGCGAAUGGUCAAUUCAAACCGCCAGCAACAACUUGUUUGUCAACCGCGCCAAGAACUUGAACACUGGUUUAUAUGCGUUUGCCAAAUACGACCACGGCAGUGCUUACUGGACGGCGAAAUUCUCGGGUACCGCGGCCGUUGUUGGUCAAGGCACACAAGAGGAUUAUUGGAAUUACGAGACCUUUAUCGAACUUGGUAUUUUUAACGCUGUUAGCGGUGCGCAAUAUUGCCUUUGA